AAUCAAUUCAAAAGAAUUUCGUGACGAUUGCCAACCGAUCGAAUAACAAUAUUAAAACGAACUCUCGAUUUCGUAGUGUAUAUUGCUCAAAUUGUGUUGCGUGCGUGUUUGUUUGUUCAUUUUUUACACAUCAGCUGUAAAUAUCACAUGAGCAACUGUGUCGCGGUGACCAUAUUGUGUGCCUACAAUCGCGGACCCUCGUAACAAAGAUUGUAACAAUAUUUACUUUUAUCAAAACCUUAUCGUAAUUCAGGUUGUUUAAGUGAUUUCAUAGUAUUGCUGACGUCCGUUCGCGCGUAAUUAAUUCAGAUAUGGCAAUGAGCGGGACGAAGCUAUCCAAAUGUCACAAAAAUUUCAACCGCCGACCCGCUGUCUUGUGUACAAUGUGAUUAACGAAAAUUAAGUUAAAAUUUAACUGAAAUCUGUAAAUGUAAGUGUGAAAUAGUGUUUAUAAGUGUAAAAAAACGCAUUCCGUUCAUAUUUCGUGCUCAAAAUCGUGUAAAAAAUUCUAGUGCUGUGCUCAAAACAUCCAGUUCCUUGAAAAUGGCUAGUGACUUAAAAUACGUCCAUUAUUGCAUACAGUGAAUUGAAUAAGUGCUCUCUUAGUGCGAAAUAGUGUUUUCAAAUUAGUUUUCUACUAAUAAUGCUAGUAAGAAAUUGGCGCGUGUGAAUAGUGAUACCAACGCCAUCUAUUGUGCAAUGGAUUAAGUGGUUUUUCGUGAAGGUGUGUGUACAACGCCAUCUAUUAUUGAGAAGCGGCAAUGUUUAGUACCUGAUUUUGCCAUGGAGGCCGGUUUCAUACCGGUUAGUGCCGGCAAUGGCGGUAGUGCGCCACAGGUUAACUCAGUGGUGGCGCCACCGGCGAAUGUAAUUCGCGCGCCGGGUUUGAAGCGCGGAAAAAUGGAAGAAGCUAUAUCGGAUCGGAUUAAGUUGGAGAGCGUCCUCGGGCUGACGGUUGGCAGUAACGCUGCUCUCGACUGCGAUCCGAACACCGAGCUCGUUGCAUAUCCGGCAGGAUGUACAGUGGUCCUGUACAAUGUUCGGAAGAACAGGCAGACGCACGUGUUGAACGCUUGCCGCAAGAGCGUCACCUGCGUCGCGUUCUCCCCCGACGGACGGUACCUCGCCACUGGGGAGUGCGGCCAUGCUCCCGCCGUCAGGGUGUGGGAUCUACAGGAUCCCACAGCAUCUGGAGCGGUACAGAUAGCAGAGUUUAUUGGGCACACGCAUGGCGUUAGUUGUGUUGCAUUCUCGACAUCUUCGAAGUAUUUAGUGUCGAUAGGGUCUCAGCAUGACAUGAUUGUCAAUGUGUGGGACUGGCGUGCCAAUCUGAAGUUAGCCAGUAAUAAGGUAUCGUCUCGUGUGAAAGCAGUCAGUUUCUCCGAGAACGGCAACUACUUCGUGACUGUAGGCUUCAGGCACGUCAAGUUUUGGUAUCUCGAGUACUCCAGGAAUGCGAAGUUCAAAGAACCAGUGCCUUUAAUGGGACGGUCGGCGAUACUAGGCGAGCAGAAAGACAACGAGUUCUGCGACGUCGUGUGCGGUCGGGGCGCGUCCGGGGACAGCACGUACUGCAUCACGCGGGGCGGCCUGCUCUGCGAGUUCAACAGCCGACGACUACUCGACAAGUGGGUCGAGCUUAGGACUACCUCAGCGAACUGUAUGGCGAUAGGCUCGAACUACAUAUUCGUCGGGUGCGCCGAGGGCAUAGUCCGGUGCUUCGCCCCCGACACCCUGCAAUACAUCACCACGCUGCCCAGGACACAUUACCUUGGCGUUGAUGUGGCACUUGGAACUAAUAUUAGCCACAUGUUCAGUCAGCCCCCCCACGCUCGGUACCCGGACGCGGUGGCGCUGACGUACGACGAACGGAACCACAAGCUCACCUGUGUCUACAACGAUCACAGCCUCUACGUCUGGGACGUCAGGGACAUCAAGCGGGUGGGCAAGUCUCACUCUGCGCUGUACCACUCGGCGUGUAUAUGGGGGGUGGACAUGGAGGGGGGCGCGUUCCUGUCGUGCUCCAGCGACGACACCGUGCGGCGCUGGCAGCUCGCGCCCGCCGCGCCCAACAUAUACAGCAAUGAGCUCAACAAAGUAUUCUACAUAGAUCCUGAGCUGAAAUUCCUCAAGGACGUUGACCUCACGGCUACAAAUGAUAAGGACAAAUCUAAAUCGUACGAUGAUAAGACUGGAGUCAGAUGCGUCCGAGUAUCCCCAGACGGCCAGCAUAUAGCGUGCGGAGACCGCGCCGGCAAUGUUUGGGUGCACGCGUCCAGCGGGACCCUACUCCAUACCCUCGAGGCUCAUGAUGCAGAGGUCCUCUGUCUGGAGUACAGUGCCCGGCCCAGGCUGCUGGCUUCAGCAUCCAGGGACAGGCUCAUACAUGUCUUUCAAGUUGAUCGGGGUUACCAAAUAAUGCAAACACUGGACGAGCAUUCGUCCUCUAUUACCGCAGUUCGAUUCCUCAGCUCUGGAGCUGGUCUGCAGAUGGUCUCGUGUGGUGCCGACAAAACUAUACUGUUUAGGCAACUUAGACAUACCCAAGAUGGCGGCUAUCAGUUCCAACGCGGCCAGAAUGUAUCAGGUCGUACGACGCUCUACGAUAUGGAGGUGGACGCGGGGGGCAGACACAUCCUCACAGCCUGCCAGGACAGAAACGUCAGGGUCUACAGCGCGGCCCAUGGACGACAUACGAAGACCUUCAGAGGAACCACCGCUGAAGACGGGACCCUUAUAAAGGUGGCCCUAGACAACAGCGGUAUUUACCUAGCGACCUCCAGCACGGACAAGAUCCUCAGCGUGUACGACUACUACUCCGGGGAGUGCAUGGCCACCAUGUACGGACACUCCGAGAUUGUCACCGGACUCAAGUUCACCCCGGACUGCCAGCACUUGAUCUCAGCGUCAGGCGACGGCUGCAUCUUCGUGUGGCGCGUCCCCCACGACAUGGUGGUCACCAUGCGCGCCCGCCUCGCCCAGCAGGCCAUCCGACAGGGCAAGAAAGUAUCAACGGCUAGCAACGGUAUGUCUGGGCUGGACAGCGAGAGUGACUCCCACUUCGGCUCCCCCCCUCGCGAGCUGCCCUUCGAGGAGAACAAGUUCGGAACCCCGGUCGUGCCUGAUUAUACUCUUCGUAUCGGCCGGCUUCCGACGUGGGCUAAGAAGAGCCUGGGCGAUGAGGCCCCGGCCGGAGAUACGCCCGCGCCAGACCCGCCCGCAAGAGGCAAAUGGGCCACUAGGAUCAAUCCUAAUACCGAAAAACGCGGCGAUUCAGACGGAUCUAAGGAUAGCUCACUGGACAGUGGCACGGACACACGAUAUAUAGAAAAACGGAAAGAUCAAACCGGAAUCAAACAGCGGCCGAAAUCCCUGAAUUUAUCGCAACUGCCUCGCGUUGAAGCCCUAUUCAGAAACUUCGAUGCGACCAUGCGAAAAACUUACGAUAUACUCACAAUAUCGCCAAGGGUCGAAAAGGUAACGAUUAAUUUGUCGAAAAGUCGCACGCCCGAAGCUCGGACUCGACACCACACCGACGAUUCAUCGCUCGGCAGUUUUAAAUAUGAGGAUCAGGAGUCAACGGAACACGAUGGUGAUAUCGAGGAUAUAUCUGAUGGUGAAAGGACCUCGUCUUCGGAACGAGGGAACAGGCCCACCUACUAUCCUGGCAAUAAUGAUGAUGAGACCCCUGGGGAGUUCAUGGUGAAUGCAAUGGAUGCUGAUGAGCUCCGUGAGUCGAUGCGUCGCUCCAAGCGGUGGACGGGCGAGACCAGGCUCGAACUGCCACCCCCACAUGCCAAGCUCACUGGCACACCGCAGGACUCUGAUGAUGAUGAGGUAUCGACACCGUCAGGCGACAACACGGAGCGUAACCCGUUGUCCGGUUCGUGCGAGUCCCUGGACACGGCCGGCCGCCGGGAGAAGUACAUCAAGUCGGCCUUCGACAGCCUCAGCGCAGCCGACAUGGAUGCCACUCUUACUGGCGGCAAUACGUCCCUAUCAUCACAGCACCUGUCCCGCGGGCCGGCGGCGGCGGCGAGGUCGGGCCCCGCGCCGUCCCCCGCCCCGAGGACGCCGGUCAAGGCGCUCGACCCGGAGGCCGCGCGACGCCGGGAGGAACUCAACCGCAGGAUACACGAAACACGUCGCCAGUUGGAAACUGUGGCGUUCAGAUCGAAUCUGAAAUCGAGUCAGUCGACCACAGACCUGUCUUACAUUCCCGAGAAAGACAGCACUCGUCGCAACCGUCCCGUAUCCAUGGCCAUCCCAUCCAAUUCUAAGCCCUACGCGAAUCGCUCGCAUCUGUCGGCUUCCGACCGUGAGGAGGAGGGUUCAGGGAUGAGACGAGCGAUCUCUCUUUCGGAUCUCGCUGCCAAACCCAUGCCUGCGCCAAGGACGACUCAAGGACAAACCUCGAAGCCGUCGACUCCUCAGAAUGGCUCCAACUCCAAGUCUCCAGGGAACUUCGUAAGACCUGCCCCCAGGUAUACCAACAAAUCGAACAUGACAAGGAGUUCCAGUGUUGGUGUCUUAAAUCAGAGCGACUCUGAAUCCGACCCUCAACCUUCACGACAGCAAUCAAACAGGUCACAAGGCCUAAUGAGGCCAACUAUAUCCUCACUGAACAAAGCUGCAGCCAACACGGCCAGGAGACGAGGCCUCGCCAACGCUUACAGUGCAGUGAGCCUUGCAACGGGCGCUCAUGAGGAGUCCAGCUCUGAAGCUGAAGACAGGAACAACGGUGAUGGCACCGCCCCACCCCGACCCAGGGCGUCCUCCGUCGACCAUAGUCAGAGGAGAAUAGGUCGUAGCGGCAGUGAAAGAGAUCUGUCGGCGAAGGCUCGAGAAGUUACGGCCAGGCUGACGGCGAAUACAAGGCAAAGGCAGAAACAGGAGCCGCCCGCCGAAGCUAACUUAACAUCGUCGCAGCUUUGUUCAGCUCUGACAGAGCAACUUACGAAGACGGCAAGCAAAGUUGUCCAGCUGUACGCCAGCUUACAGCGGGAACCCAACGCUGCGGCCGAUAUUAGCGGUCUCGAAGCAGCGAUCCUAGAGACACAGAAAGUAUUGCGCAGCGCAGUGAGUCGGGCACAGAACGGGGACCAGGCGCUCAGCAGCCUGUCCUCCACCGACGGGGACUACAGGCUGCAGCCAACGAUAGACCAUCUCGUCGGUAAAGACGCAGCGAAUUCAAGCAACCCAGCUAUGUCGCUGAUCGAGCAAUACUCCGACAUACUCCUGAACAUGAUGCAAACGAAAAUGGUGAACCAGUUCAACCAACCCCAGAGUCUACCGCCCAACACGAGGGACCCCGCCGCAGAGAGCUAGUGAAAAAACUAAGUGUAGUGCAAAACAAAAAAAA